ACUGACGAGGAGCUACGUACCAGAUUUCAACAUCAUCGAGAAAUGCCGCAGCCUUUGAUUGACUUGAGUAGAUUCUCGAAUUGGAACCGCCUUUUACGCACGACGGCGUAUUUGCUACGCGCAGUGAAGUUGUUCCGAACGCGAGGCAAAUCGGGACCGCUGACCAGCGAGGAGUUGCUGCAGGCUGAAAAUUUGCUGUGGCGACAGGUGCAGUAUGAAACUUUCCCGGACGAGUACUGUGUGCUGGAAUUCAACAAGGCGAAUCCGGAGAAGAAGCAGAAGCGAAUCGAGAAGAGCAGUCCAUUGUUCGAACAGUCGCCGUUCAUGGACGACGUGGGCGUGAUAAGGAUGAAUAGCAGGAUUAGUGCUGCUCCUACCGUAUCCUUUAGAAUGAAAUAUCCAAUUAUCUUGCCGAGGGAACACACUCUAACAGCCCUUCUUGUCGAGAGUUACCACAGACGGUUCAAACAUCAGAACGGUGAAACGGUGUUCAACGAAAUACGUCAGCAGUUUCGAAUACCGAAGUUGCGCCCUCUGAUACAACGUGUCGCCCGGAGCUGCCAGAGCUGCAGGCUUCGGAAGUCAACCCCACGACCACCAAUAAUGGCACCACUUCCGAAGGUUCGGUUGACACCCCACAUCCGUGCGUUCAGCCACACUGGCGUCGACUACUUCGGCCCGAUCCUGGUUAAGCAGGGUCGUAGUUUGAUGAAACGCUGGGUGGCACUCUUCACGUGUCUGACUAAACGAGCGGUGCACCUGGAGAUAGUGUACAGCCUUUCAACACAAUCCUGUGUGAUGGCAAUCCGCCGAUUCGUUGCACGCAGAGGAUUCCCGUCAGACCUCUACUCAGACAACGGAACCUGUUUUCGCGGAGCUAGCAACCUGUUGACGGAGCAGAUGGAAGCCAUUCACGAACACUGUGCUGUGACCUUCACCAAUGCCAGAACGAGCUGGCACUUCAAUCCCCCAUCUGCACCUCACAUGGGGGGCUGUUGGGAACGGAUGGUGCGUUCUGUGAAGGCAGCUAUGGGAGCCAUCUCAGAACAUCCUCGUCAUCCAAGCGACGAGGUUCUGGAGACUGUAGUGUUGGAAGCCGAAGCGAUUGUGAAUUCACGGCCGCUGACCUACGUACCACUCGACAACGAAAACCAAGAGGCAUUAACACCGAACCAUUUUCUGCUAUACGGAUCAAGUGGUAUGGUACAACCGCGGACUUCACUGGUGGCUGACGGUGCCACGCUACGGGACAGCUGGAAGCUGGCCCAGUUUCUGGCAGAUUUAUUUUGGAAACGUUGGGUCCGUGAGUAUCUACCGACGCUCACUAGACGGACUAAAUGGUUUGAGCCCGCGAAGCCUAUGGAACCCGGAGAUUUAGUCGUUAUUGUCGAAGAAAAUAAGCGGAAUGGAUGGUUGCGAGGACGUGUCGUCGAAGUCAUUCGAGGUAAGGAUGGCCAGGCUCGAAGCGCAGUAAUACGCACCGCUGAUGGGAUCUUGAAACGGCCGAUGGUGAAGCUGGCGUUGUUGGAAGUUCGCGAUGAUCAGGAACAAGGAACCCCGGAACUACACGGGAGGGGGAAUGUUAAAAACCGGCAAUCUUCCAACACUGAUUGUCGUGGAGUGAAUUCCGAGCGCUCCCCUGCUGGUACCCGUCAUCGCGACAGCAGACAAAAGUCAACGCCAGAACAGUAAAGCAAAGCGACAACAAAGGAGGUUGAGGUUGUUUGCUGCAUGACCGUGUGAUUUGGCCGUAAAAGUCUACCCAAAUAGCUCCUCCCUGGUGGUUCGAUUAAAACCAGAGACGUUGGAACAGGAGUUCUUUGUACGCAGCUGUAAUUUGCCAACGAAGCCGGACGGAGAAGAGUUCUGGCAGGGUAGACAACGCAUUACCGAUGCUUAGUAGCACGUUUAUUCUGAACCGUGAGUUAACUAUAUGCUAAAAUUUGAUAACCUAAAUUAAAUAACUAGUACCUUAAAACUAUCCUAAUUUGAAGAUCCUAGUUCUUGAAACUUAAAACUAUAUGUACACUUGAAUUUGUUCUUAAAUACUAAAACAUGCAUUCGAUAGGUUAA